GUGGCCCGCGGCAUGGAGCGGGCGUGAUUCAUCAGCGCCACCAAGCGCGAUGGGGACCAGCGCAGCGGCCGCCUAGGAGCCAGGGCCAGGCAGCGGCGGCAUCCCCGCCCGGCACCCGCGCGCUCUCUCUGUCCAGCCCCGCGAAAAGGUCAAGAUGGAAGAGAUCCUGAGGAAGCUGCAGAAGGAAGCAUCGGGGAGCAAGUACAAAGCCAUCAAGGAGAGCUGCACCUGGGCCCUGGAAACUUUAAGUGGCCUGGACACCGUUGCCAAGAUCCCUCCCCAUUUGCUGAGGGAGAAAUGCUUGCUGCCUCUCCAGUUGGCUUUGGAAUCCAAGAAUGUGAAGCUGGCCCAACAUGCUUUGGCAGGGAUGCAGAAGCUCCUGUCAGAAGAGAGGUUUGUAUCCAUGGAAACGGACUCUGAUGAGAAGCAGCUGCUCAAUCAGAUCCUGAAUGCCGUGAAAGUGACGCCUUCGCUCAAUGAAGACCUGCAGGUGGAAGUGAUGAAGGUUUUAUUGUGCAUCACUUACACCCCAACCUUUGACCUGAAUGGGAGUGCUGUGCUGAAGAUUGCAGAGGUGUGCAUUGAGACGUACACAUGCAGCUGUCACCAGCGCAGCAUCAACACUGCUGUGCGGGCAACUCUCAGUCAGAUGCUGAGUGAUCUGACUUUACAGUUGAGACAGAGGCAGGAGAAUACGAUAAUUGAAAACCCAGAUGCCCCACAGGAAUUCGGGAGUCAAGGUUCAACAGUCGAGGCCCUCUGUGACGACGUUGUCUCUGUCCUUGCUGUCCUGUGUGAGAAGCUACAAGCCUCCAUAAAUGACAGCCAGCAGCUGCAGCUUCUGUACCUGGAGUGCAUUCUCUCUAUCCUCAGCAGUUCCUCCUCAUCCAUGUACCUGCACAGGGGCUUCACUGACCUCAUCUGGAAAAACCUCUGCCCUGCUCUCAUCGUGAUCCUGGGGAACCCCAUUCAUGACAAAACCAUCACCUCUGCUCACAGCAGCAGCACCAGUGCCAGUGUGGAGUCAGACUCUGUCUCUCCUGCUGUGUCUGACCAUGGCAGGGGCUCUGGCUGCUCCUGCACUGCACCUGCCCUCAGUGGGCCCGUGGCCCGCACCAUCUAUUACCUUGCAGCCGAGCUCAUCCGCCUAGUGGGGUCGGUGGACUCCAUGAAGCCAGUGCUCCAGUCCCUCUAUCACCGUGUGCUGCUGUAUCCCCCACCCCAGCACCGAGUGGAAGCCAUCAAGAUCAUGAAAGAGAUACUUGGGAGCCCACAGCGUCUAUACGAUUUGGCAGGACCAAGCUCUACUGAGCCAGAACCCAGAAAAAGAUCGAUUUCAAAAAGAAAAUCUCACUUGGAUCUUCUCAAACUUAUCAUGGAUGGCAUGACCGAAGCAUGCAUCAAGGGUGGCAUUGAAGCUUGCUUCGCUGCCGUGUCCUGUGUCUGUACCUUGCUCGGGGCCCUCGAUGAGCUCAGCCAGGGGAAGGGCUUGACUGACAGUCAAGUGCAGCUACUGCUUCUGCGCCUUGAAGAGCUGAGGGAUGGGGCGGAGUCCAGCAGGGACUCCAUGGAGAUCAAUGAAGCUGACUUCCGCUGGCAGAGGCGAGUGCUGUCCUCAGAGCACACCCCCUGGGAGUCAGGCAAUGAGAGGAGCCCUGACAUCAGCAUCAGUGUCACCACGGACACAGGACAGACCACCUUGGAGGGAGAGUUAGGUCAAACAACACCAGAGGACCACAAAAACGGGCUCAAGUCACCAGCUAUCCAGGAAGGCAAAGAGACCAUGAGCAAAGUGUCAGAACAUGAGGCUGUAGACCAGCCAGAUGUGGUUCAGAGAAGCCACACAGUGGCUUACCCUGACAUCACUAACUUCCUGUCAGUGGACUGCAGGACAAGGUCCUACGGAUCUAGAUAUAGUGAGAGCAACUUCAGUGUAGAUGAUCAAGACCUCUCCAGGACGGAAUUUGAUUCCUGUGAUCAGUACUCCAUGGCUGCAGAAAAGGACUCUGGCAGGUCGGAUGUGUCAGAUAUCGGGUCAGACAACUGUUCGUUGGCUGACGAAGAACAGACCUCUCGGGAUUACAUGGGCCAUCGGUCCCUGAGGACAGCUGCUCUAUCCCUCAAACUGCUGAAGAACCAGGAGGCCGACCAGCACAGCGCCCGGCUGUUCGUGCAGUCCCUGGAAAGCCUCAUUCCACGGCUCCUGGCUCUCUCCAGUGUAGAAGAGGUGGAUUCUGCCCUCCAGAAUUUUGCCUCCACUUUCUGCUCAGGCAUGAUGCACUCUCCUGGCUUCGACGGAGGCAGCAGCUUGAGCUUCCAGAUGCUGAUGAACGCGGACAGCCUGUACACUGCCGCACACUGUGCCCUACUACUCAAUCUGAAGCUCUCUCAUGGCGAUUACUACCGGAAGCGGCCCACCCUGGCACCAGGCAUAAUGAAGGACUUCAUGAAGCAGGUGCAGACCAGCGGUGUGCUGAUGGUCUUCUCCCAGGCCUGGAUAGAGGAGCUGUAUCACCAGGUGCUCGACAGAAACAUACUGGGAGAAGCUGGCUACUGGGGCAGCCCGGAGGACAACAGCCUUCCCCUCGUCACCAUGCUCACUGAUAUUGAUGGCUUAGAGAGCAGUGCAAUUGGUGGCCAGUUGAUGGCAUCAGCUUCGAUGGAGUCUCCUUUCACCCAGAGCAGGAGAAUUGAUGAUUCCACGGUGGCAGGUGUGGCAUUUGCUCGCUACAUUCUUGUUGGCUGCUGGAAAAACUUGAUUGAUACUCUAUCAACCCCCUUGACUGGUCGAAUGGCAGGGAGCUCCAAGGGGCUGGCCUUCAUCCUGGGAGCUGAGGGCAUCAAACAGCAGAAUCAGAAGGAGCGUGAUGCCAUCUGCAUGAGCCUCGAUGGGCUGCGAAAAGCUGCGAGGCUGAGCUGUGCACUAGGAGUUGCUGCUAACUGCGCCUCAGCUCUUGCCCAGAUGGCAGCUGCUUCCUGUGUCCAGGAAGAGAAAGAAGAAAGGGAAAUCCAGGAACCCAGUGAUGCCAUAGCACAAGUGAAACUAAAAGUGGAGCAGAAACUGGAGCAGAUGGGGAAGGUGCAGGGGGUGUGGCUGCACACAGCCCACGUCUUAUGCAUGGAUGCCAUCCUCAGCGUAGGCCUGGAGAUGGGAAGCCACAACCCGGACUGCUGGCCACAUGUGUUCAGGGUGUGUGAGUAUGUAGGCACAUUGGAGCACACUCACUUCAGUGAUGGCACCUCCCAGCCCCCUCUGACCAUCCGUCAGCCACAGAAGACAUCUGGGAGUUCUGGACUCCUUGGGAAUCUUGAAUAUGAGGAUGCAAACCAGGAGCAGACCCUGGAACAGGGCCCCUCCCUGAGCACAGCACCCGUGGUCCAAGCCCGCUCUAUCCCAGAGCUUGUUAGAGAAUGCAGCCGAGGCCGGGCCUCAGACUUCCGGGGAGGCAGUCUCAGUGGGAGCAGUGCUGCCAAGGUGGUGCUCUGCCUUUCCACCCAGGCUGACAGGCUCUUUGAAGAUGCUACAGAUAAGUUGAACCUAAUGGCCUUAGGAGGGUUCCUCUACCAGUUGAAGAAAGCAUCGCAGUCCCAGCUUUUCCAUUCUGUGACAGAUACAGUUGAUUACUCUUUGGCAAUGCCAGGAGAAGUUAAGUCUACUCAGGAUCGCAAAAGUGCUCUGCAUCUCUUCCGCCUGGGGGAUGCCAUGCUGAGGAUUGUGCGGAGCAAAGCACGGCCCCUACUCCAUGUGAUGCGCUGCUGGAGCCUUGUGGCCCCACACCUAGUAGAGGCCGCCUGCCAUAAGGAACGCCACGUGUCUCAGAAGGCUGUUUCUUUCAUCCAUGACAUCCUGACUGAGGUUCUCACUGACUGGAGCGAGCCACCUCACUUUCACUUUAAUGAAGCACUCUUUCGGCCUUUUGAGCGUAUCAUGCAGCUGGAACUCUGUGAUGAAGACGUCCAAGACCAGGUGGUCACCUCUAUCGGGGAGCUGGUUGAGGUGUACUCCACACAGAUCCAGUCAGGAUGGAGACCCCUGUUCAGUGCCCUGGAAACAGUGCAUGGUGGGAACAAGUCAGAAGUGAAGGAAUACCUGAUCGGGGACUAUUCCAUGGGAAAAGGCCAGGCUCCCGUGUUUGAUGUAUUUGAAGCUUUUCUCAACACUGACAACAUCCAGGUCUUCGCGAAUGCAGCCACUAGUUACAUCAUGUGCCUUAUGAAGUUUGUCAAAGGACUGGGCGAAGUAGACUGUAAAGAAAUUGGAGACUGUGUCCCUGGACCAGGAGCCACAUCCACAGACCUGUGUCUGCCUGCCCUGGAUUACCUCAGGCGCUGUUCUCAGUUAUUGGCCAAGAUCUAUAAAAUGCCCUUGAAGCCAAUAUUCCUUAGUGGGCGACUUGCUAGCUUGCCACGAAGACUUCAGGAGCAGUCAGCAAGCAGUGAGGAUGGAAUCGAAUCAGUCCUGUCGGAUUUUGAUGACGACACUGGUCUAAUAGAAGUCUGGAUCAUCCUAUUGGAGCAGCUAACAGCAGCUGUGUCCAAUUGUCCACGACAGCACCAGCCACCAACCUUGGAUUUACUCUUUGAGCUACUGAGAGACAUUACCAAGACACCUGGACCUGGGUUUGGAAUCUAUGCAGUUGUCCACCUUCUCCUUCCCGUGAUGUCACUUUGGCUUCGUCGUAGCCAUAAAGACCAUUCCUACUGGGAUAUGGCAUCUGCUAACUUCAAGCAUGCUAUUGGUCUGUCCUGCGAGCUGGUGGUAGAGCACAUUCAAAGCUUUCUCCACUCAGACAUCAGGUAUGAGAGUAUGAUCAACACCAUGCUGAAAGACCUCUUUGAACUGCUCGUGGCAUGUGUAGCCAAGCCCACAGAAACCAUCUCCAGAGUGGGCUGCUCCUGCAUACGGUAUGUCCUUGUGACAGCGGGUCCCACGUUCACUGAGGAAAUGUGGCGGCUUGCGUGCUGUGCCCUGCAGGAUGCCUUCUCCUCCACACUCAAGCCAGUGAAGGACCUGCUUGGCUGCUUCCACAGUGGCACAGAGAGCUUCAGUGGGGAAGGCUGCCAGGUGCGGGUGGCAGCCCCAUCCUCCUCCCCCAGCGCUGAAGCAGAGUACUGGCGCAUCAGGGCCAUGGCCCAGCAGGUGUUUAUGUUGGACACCCAGUGCUCACCAAAGACGCCAAACAACUUCGAUCAUGCUCAGUCCUGUCAGCUCAUCAUUGAACUUCCUCCUGAUGAGAAACCAAAUGGGCACACCAAGAAAAGCGUCUCUUUCCGGGAAAUCGUGGUGAGCUUGCUGUCUCAUCAAGUGCUCCUACAGAAUCUGUAUGACAUCCUGCUGGAAGAGUUCGUCAAAGGGCCCUCUCCCGGAGAAGAGAAGACAGUCCAAGCGCCGGACACCAAGCUGGGCUUCCUCAGGUACAUCUCCAUGCAGAACCUCGCGGUCAUAUUUGACCUGCUGCUGGACUCCUACAGGACGGCCCGGGAAUUCGACACCAGCCCUGGGCUGAAGUGCCUGCUGAAGAAAGUGUCUGGCAUCGGGGGCGCCGCCAACCUCUACCGCCAGUCUGCCAUGAGCUUUAACAUUUAUUUCCAUGCCCUCGUUUGCGCUGUUCUCACCAACCAAGAAACCAUCACUGCAGAGCAAGUGAAGAAGGUCCUAUUCGAUGACGAAGAGAGAAGUUCGGAUUCCUCCCAGCAGUGCUCAUCAGAAGAUGAAGAUAUCUUUGAGGAGACCGCGCAGGUGAGCCCCCCACGAGGCAAGGAGAAAAGGCAGUGGAGGGCACGCUUGCCAUCACUCAGUGUGCAGCCGGUGAGCAACGCAGACUGGGUGUGGCUGGUCAAGCGGCUGCACAAGCUGUGCAUGGAGCUCUGCAACCACUACAUCCAGAUGCACCUGGACCUGGAGAGUAGCUUGGAGGAACCACCUGCCUUCAAGAGCGACCCGUUCUUCAUCCUCCCCUCCUUCCAGUCCGAGUCCUCCACCCCAUCCACAGGUGGCUUCUCUGGGAAAGACACGCCCUCCGAAGAUGACCGGAGGGAGCACUCCAGCGAGCCUCUGAGCCUGAGGACAGGCAGCGGGGACACACUGAUGCUGCCCCCCAGCCCCAAGGUGGAGAAGAAAGAUCCGGGUCGCAAAAAAGAGUGGUGGGAGAGCGCGGGGAAUAAGAUUUACACCAUGGCGGCCGAUAAGACCAUCUCAAAGCUAAUGACUGAGUACAAGAAGAGGAGGCAGCAGCAUAACCUGCCUGCCUUUCCCAAGGAGGUCAAGGUAGAUAAGAAGGGGGAGCCCCUGGGGCCCCGAGGCCCCGACUCCCCGAUGCUUGAGAGACCGCAGCAUCUGAUGGACCAAGGGCAGAUGAGGCAUUCCUUCAGCGCAGGCCCAGAGCUGCUGCGGCAGGAGAAGAGGCCACGCUCCGGCUCCACCGGGAGCUCUCUGAGCGUCUCUGUGAGAGAUGCAGAGGCACAGAUCCAGGCAUGGACCAACAUGGUGCUAACAGUUCUCAAUCAGAUUCAGAUCCUUCCAGAUCAGAUCUUCACUGCCCUUCAGCCAGCAGUGUUCCCAUGCAUCAGCCAGCUGACCUGUCACGUGACUGACAUCAGAGUUCGUCAGGCUGUGAGGGAAUGGCUGGGACGAGUGGGGCGUGUCUAUGACAUCAUCGUGUAGCGGACUGGAAUUCCAUCCUCAAGGAAAUAACCUGUGGUCAGAAUCUGCCUGCCCAUUCAGCUGAUGGCAUCUUCCCCACCACCACCAGCUCCACUAAAACUAGGUCUCAGAAACUAGCUCUUUGACACCUAGUAACAAAGCCCUUUCAAGCAUUCCCUAACGAAUCAGCCUUAGGCCAUUCUGGAUACCAAAGUGUCCAGGUGGCACAGUGCUGUUCUGAUCUUGCACAUUAUUACAGGAGAGUCUACAUUCCUUGAUACAUUUUGAAAUCUUGAAGUUAAUUUCCAAGUAGUUUUACUUAUAUUGUUGUCCCCCAAUGGAUCAUUUUUAAGAACUCUCCUUUGAAAACCCUAAGUUGAUCCACUUGAUCCAUUAUUUUUUAAAAAAUGUAAGUCCUAAGAAAAUAUCUGCUGGUAAGUCAAGCUGAUAUAUCAAAUAUUC